AUGUUCUCAACCAUAACCACACCCAUCCUCUUCGCCCUCCUAGGCCUCACCGCCGCCCUCCCCUCCCCCACCACAUCCGGCUUCUGCCCCAACCGCCAAUCCCCCACCGAAUCCCAAUUCACCGCCGGCUACCAAACAUUCUGCUCCCUCUACAUCGCGUCUUCCCCGAUAAUCUCCUCCGCCGCCCCCAUCCUCGCAACCUUCAACCUCGGAAACACAGACGGCACAAACUCCCAAUGGAUCUUCAAAGUUAGCGUCGAGUCCGACGGGCCCGAUGAGCGCUACAUCAGCACGCUGCGGUACAAGCUCAAUGAGAAGACGUGUCUGGAUUUCUUCGGCAGGUUUUUGAAUACUCGGGAUGCGGGGGGGUUGGGCGAGAGUUAUUGCGUCGUCGAGGGCUCGGGGAGUGGCGGGAAGAGUGGGCAGGGUGAUGUGCAGGUGUUGCAGGGGAAGACGGUGGAUAAGGGUGCGAGGGCGGAGAGCGAUCCGAGCAAGGAGCAGCAGUGGGCGUGGGUGCAGUAUUCGGCGUUUAGGAGGACGGGGACAAAGGCGCAGUGA